AUGAAUGAGAAAUCAAAUUUGCCUCGUUUAACGACUACUUCAGUCUAUGAUGACAUUGACAAUCCAUCAAUUUCGAUGCCAUUAACGUCCACCAAAAUUCAAAAACUUAUUCAAGAAGCUGAACAAAAACUUGAAAAGCAAGACGCGCAAGAAUAUUCUCAAUCUAUAAUUUUAUUAGAGCAAGCAACUAUUCUGGGCUCAGUGUAUGCAGCAGCGAAACUAGGAGCACUUUAUCUUAAUCCACAAAAUACUUUAAUGGCAUCGAAUUACCUUCAAGCAGCUGGUUAUUAUUCAAUCGCUUUAAAACUUAUGUUCAUGAUCCCUUGCAAAUGGUGGGAUUUAAAAUUACUUCUUGAUAUAAUUUCAGGAUGGUACGAAUUAAUUCGUUCACGAUUUGAUCGUCAAAGAGAUUCAUAUACUUGGAAUCACGGAAUUAAGCUUAUGAAACAAAUUGAUAAAAAAAUGCAAGAACCGGAUUUGAUUGAAGUUUUAACACACCAAGAUAAUGAAAAAUGGCGCGCUAUUAGAGUUCAUAUGGUAUUUUGUUAUGCGUUGACAGCAGAGGUUGAUAAUGACUAUCCUUUAGCAUUAAAAUUAUAUCAGGAGACGGAACGGGUAGGAUCUUGCGGAUUUCUCUCGGCGGAAAAGUUGAUGAAAAAAGCUCACACUAAAUAUAGAUUGCUUGAAUCUAGGGUGCCGAGAGUACAACCGGUUUGUGUUCAUGUCAAAAUGUCGCUUGUUGCAAUAGAAAUUGCUUAG